AUGGAGCUUAAUGACCACAAAGUGAAAAGAAGUGCACUGAGGAGAGCCUCAUCAUCAAGGCGCACCACAAGAAGUGCUGCCGUCCGGAUUGAAUUACGGGCAUUGCCGAUUACACGGUCUCUCCUCUUCUCAGCGGCCACAAACAAAAAUCGAAUGGAAGGAGCAGCCGGCUGCAGCGAAAUUUAA